AUGAAGCAUAAAAUGAUAUGUGAAGGUGGGCUUUGUUGGGUUUGGCUCAGGUCCAGGUAUGGAAAUCUUUUUAACCUGUUUGGAAAAGAGAUUAGACAAUAUAGAGAUGAAACGGAGAGGUCUGAUAACAGUUUGAAGCAUAUCAGCGAGACAGAUAAGAAAGUUAUCAACUAUUGGCUUCGACUUCACAAGUUUGCUGAUACGAGCACUGUAGAGUUCAAGAGCAAAUUCUUGGGAGUUGGGACACAAGGGCUAGUUUAUAGAGAGGAAAGAAGAAUCUAUUCAGAAUUUUGUUAUAGAGAUUUCGUUGAUUUGGCCAAGUUAGCUGAUUGGAGAAAGAAAGAAGUCGUUGCACCAGCCUAG